AUGAUUGAUCAUUCACACGAUUCUUUACAUUAUCAAACAAUGACAAAUCUUUCGCCGUCAUCGACAAUAAAUUAUACCAAUCAUCAUCAAGAUCUCCUUUAUCCUUCAUCUAUUUAUCAUCAUUCAUCCGAAGUUAUUGUUAGUCCACAUCGUUCAACCCUUUUGGUUAAUUCUAAUCAUCAACAAAAACAACGAAAUCGUACUAUGGAACAAACAGAUUCAGAUUGUGAUCAUGAUAGUUCAUCAUCAUCAUCGAUAACAAAUUCAUCGAAGUUAAAAAAACGACGCGCCAAUCUACCUAAAGAUAGCGUUCGUAUACUUAAAAAUUGGCUUUACGAACAUCGUUAUAAUGCCUAUCCAACCGAUGACGAAAAAGCCAACCUAUCUCAUCGUGCUGAUCUAUCAAUAAAUCAAGUUUGCAAUUGGUUUAUCAAUGCACGUCGACGUAUAUUACCUGAUUUAUUAAAAAAAGAAGGAACAGAUCCAAAAAAAUUUACUAUAUCAAGACGUUUUUCCCGUGAUCAAAAACGUUCAUCACCAUCAUUAUCUGCUAUUUGUUCGACAAGUGGAGAAAAUACAUCAAACGAAACCACAUCAUCAUCAUCGUCAUCGUCAUCAUCAUCGUCGACCACUACUACCACAACAACAGCAACAGAUAUAAAUCUUCUUGUUGAACGUAGUUCAUCACCAUCAUUAAUACUAACAAAUAACUCUAAUGUUCUUAAUAAACAAUCAUCAUCUAUUGAACCUUGUUGUAUGACACGGCAUCAUCUUCUAUUAAAACCUAUUCGUGAUCCUACUGUUAUUAAUUUAAUAUCAAGUGAACAACAGCAAACAUGUACUGUUCGUUCAAAUGAUUCACUGCCAUCACCACCACCACCACCAGCAACAACAACAACAAGUAAUACUACUGGUGAUCUUGCCGGUUUUCAACUUCUUGUCGAUGUAGCCGUUAAAGAACUACAUCGAAUACAACAAGAUGGUAAUAGUAGCGUACCACUACUUUGCAACUAG